AUGUUGAAUCAUUUUGGAAGAAUAAUAUCUAAUGAAUUAUCAUUAAAAUCUAGUCAAUCAGCACCAAUUAUUUUAAAUAAUCAAAAUCAUAAAAUUUUAAUAAAUUCAAAAUCAAAAGAAAAAAAUAAUUCAUCAAUAAAAAAAGUAUCAUCAUUAUUGAAUAUUAAAUCAGCUGUAGAACUUGAUAAUCGUACAAAUGCACAAAAAAGUCAACAAGAUUUAGAUGCUAUGCAUCAAAUCGUUGAUCAAACGGAUAAUGAUCUUCGACAUGCACUUGAACAUGCAAGUUUAAGACGUGAACAACUUGAUGAAUUACAUUUUCGAUCAGAAGAAAUGCUUAGCAAAAAUGAAAACCUUGUAUUUGGUAUUACUAACUAUCGUAAAACUCAAGAACGUGAUCUUUUAUGGCGACGAUUACGAUACGUUGCAUUUGGAGCUAUUACAAUAGGUAUUAUUAUUCUUUUAGUUAUUUUAAGUAUGAUUAGUAGACGAUCGGCAUCUUCAUCUCAAGUAAUUGAUGUACGACAUAUCAAUGAUGAGUCAUCAAAUAAAAAUAACAAAGAUAUAACUUCUACAAUGAAAUUAAUAGUAUCUCGAAGACGACGACGUGAAAAAGCAAUAUUAACAGAAUUAAAUGAAUUUUUAUCUUCGAAAUCUGAAUAUUUUUUAUUAUCUGAUAAUAAUCUUUAA